GGGAGCAGGGGCGGACUGACCAUUUGGAAACUCGGGCACUGCCCGAGGGCCCGGGGUCAGUAGAGGGCCCCAUGAGAUGCCCCUGGUACCUUUUUCAUAGGCUUUUUUGAGCUUCGGCAAGGACACAGGGGCCCCAUGAUCCCCUAUUGCCCGGGGGCCCCAUGAGUUGUCAGUCCGUCCCUGUGUGGGACCGAACCGCACCGCAUUCCUGUGCAAAUCUCAUGCGAUUUGUGUGCGGGCCCGGGGUCAGUAAGGGGCCCCAUGAGAUGCCGCUGGUACCUUUUUCAUACGCUUUUUUGAGUUUGGGAAAGGACACAGGGGCCCCAUGAUCCCCUAUUGCCCGGGGGCCCCAU